AUGGAGUUGAAGGGAUUAAGCAGCACCGCUGGAAAUGGUGAUGAUGAGGUGGCUUUGCGGGAUACACUGGAAUCAGUGGCUACUCAAUUUGCAAUUGGAGAAAUCAAUGGGAUUAGCUCCCUUGUUUUUGUCAAGCUCUGCAUUUCCGUGGCUAAAGUUAUGGAUUUUGCAAUAAGGCAUGGUGAGGUUCCAAGAAGAUCUCAUUUCCUAGCACUAAUGCUGAUGGAGGGUGGACCUUCCUUAGCAGGUUUAAUGGUGCUUACAAUGUCUAUCCAGUCUGCCUGUAAACUAGAGUGGUUUACCAACCAAGACACACAAGCUUUGCUAAAGAUUUGCAAGGAGGUCAUGAAAAACUACUCCGAUCCUAAUCGUAAUAUGAUUAAGCCAAGGAUUGUCCUUCAUUUGCUAUCUGAAGUUAUAUCAAGAAUCACCAUGAGUCGGUCAUCUCAAUAUCUCUGCAAAGUACCACAGUCUUACCGCGACAUUGGUUUGGUUUUAUCAAGAAAAUUCAGCAGAGCAUUCACUGGACACCUCGGAAACACCAUACUGUUAAUAACUCCCCUAGGAAAAUUUCGUGUGAAGUUUCGAAUGACUCGAAACCACAGAAUACAUAUGUAUGGUGACACACUCAUGGCGUACAUGGAUCAUAUGGGAAUCAUAGAGCAUUCCUUCAUUCAUUUCAUGAUGAAGGACAACUAUGAACUCAUCACAACUAAUUUUGGAGAAAAUGGUUGUCAAGUCGGCCUCUUACAUUCACAUCUCAUGGGCCUAAAGAGUAUCUGCUAUCAUUACAGAGUUGGUCAGGAAUCGUAUUCGUGUGCGAUCAUCUCUUCUGAAUACUGGAAAUAUUUGAAUUACUCUACUUGUGAUGUUGCUGUGUUGAAGGUUGGGCAACAAAUCAUGGAAGUAGACCUUUUGAUAGUUGCAGGUCAAACUGUUGGUUUCUAUGGACCAACGUGGAAAUAUUUUUACAAGUUCUAUGGACUUGAGCCAGGUUAUCACAUUGUUUUCUAUUUUGAAGCCGGCAUUUUCACAUCAAACGUAUUUCAUUUCGAUGGCAGCCUCAUACAGCAAGAAUGCAACAAAUGUUAUCACUUGGCUGGUAACAACAUGGGAAGUUUUCACAAGCUUCCAAUAAUAGGGGAAGAUUAUUUCACACACCGUCUCGAUCGAGAAACUAUCCGUACAUCAAGAGUGAUGAUUCCAAGAUAUCUGAGUCUCUGCCAUAAUCUUAUGCAUACAAUGAUUUGUUGGUUGAUCUGCAAGGGUCGCCAUACAUGUAUGACAUUGCGCAGAGAUAAAAGUGACCAUGAUUAUGAGAACACUGGAAUAUUACCAAUGUACAUUUACGGUGAUUGGGAAUUGUUCAGGAUCCUAGCCAACAUACCCAUCGGUACUCAAUUAACUAUCACACUGGAUGUUGAGAGCUUGGCAGAAGACAUGGAUGUGGAAUUCGAAUGUGAACCCUUCGUAUAA